GUUUUGUUCCCCACCGGAAUCAAAAGAGAACGGAACCCUGUAGUUCCGGUUUGUGAUGUCAUUUUUCUAUGCAUGCAGCAGUAACCAGACUAGAAGUGUAACCUGCCCGCUACGACAACAUGGGUAUCUUGGAGAAGAUAGGAGAGAUAGAGAGAGAGAUCUCUCGAACACAGAAAAACAAAGCCACGGAGUACCAUCUGGGCCUGCUGAAGGCUAAGCUAGCGAAGUACCGCGCCCAGCUGCUGGAACCGUCCAAGUCUGCAGGAGCCAAAGGAGAGGGCUUCGAUGUCAUGAAAUCUGGAGACGCACGUGUUGCACUGAUUGGCUUCCCCUCCGUCGGAAAGUCCACCUUCCUCAGUCUGAUGACAGCAACAGCCAGUGAAGCAGCUUCCUAUGAGUUCACCACCCUGACCUGUAUCCCUGGAGUUAUAGAGUAUAAUGGAGCCAACAUCCAGCUGCUGGAUCUGCCAGGAAUCAUAGAAGGAGCUUCCCAAG